AUUGGUUGAGACCAAAAUUUAAUUCGACUAUUCUUAUAAUUUUGUAAUUAGGUCUACUACUUUAAUUUUACACUUCAAUAAUACCAUUUCUGCCAUGGACCCUAAAAAAAUAAACUACAACUUUGCUUUGGCCCCAAGGAAUUGAACACUGAAAUUUUAAAGUUUGUUUGUAUGGUCAACCAAACAAUUGGAAUAGGGAAGAGAUAAGGAAGACAGAAUAUACUUGCAUCCCAAGUAUCACAUAACCAACCAACUAGCUUUCUACUCCUAUAUUAAAGCUUCCAAAUUUCAUUUCCUGUGGCAGCCAUAUCAAUUUAUCUUCUACAAAGCAGAGCCCAUCAGUUUCUUUCACUCUUUCUUCUUCUUCUUCUUCUUGUAGAGAUCCUCAAAUUUGCUAGUGUUCUUCUCUAUUACCCAUCAAGAAGAAGCACUUCAGCACACAAAGAAGCAGCCACCACAAGCAUCAUCAACAAUGGUGUCCCUGGCCCUACAGAAGCGGCUCGCCGCCAGCAGUCUUGCCUGCGGCAAACGUCGAGUAUGGCUCGAUCCCAAUGAGAUCACCACUGUCUCAUUAGCCAAUUCUAGAAUGAGCAUUAGGAAGCUCAUAAAAGAUGGCUUGAUCAUCAAGAGGUUGACGAAAAUCCGCUCAAAAGCCCGAUCUCGACAAACACAUGAAGCAAAAGCGAGAGGACGACAUUCUGGGUACGGAAAACGAAGAGGAACAAAGGAGGCAAGGUUACCCACAAAGCUACUAUGGAUGAGAAGAAUGAGGGUCCUCAGAAGAUUACUGCGGAAAUACCGAGAAUGCGAGAAGAUAGAUAAGCAUAUUUAUCAUCAAAUGUACAUUAGAGUGAAGGGAAACGUCUACAGAAACAAACGUGUGCUAAUGGAAAACAUUCACAAGGUCAGGGCUGAAAAAGCAUCAGAAAAUACCCUCGCUGUUCAGAUUGAGGCCAAAAGAGCAAUAAAUAGUAAAGGAACAACGACAACGGGUCUGAGUUAUCAAGUAGAAAGCUUAUGUUGAGAUUUGAGGUUUUUUCUUAAUUUAAUUUCCUGUUUUUAUCUUUUAAAUUUCAGUGUUUAUAACUGGUAAGUUUCUAGCUUUUAAAUAUUUUUUAAGUUUAUGUUGGUUAUUAAAUAGGGUUAAGUUUUGUAGGGUGAACUCCCAUAUGAGAAGUUUGUACCACCACAAUAUUUAUACCUCCAUAUAUUUGGUACCAUCACAUUUGUACCACAUUUCUUGUAUCACCAACAUUUGUACUUGUACUAUUCAUUUAAUUAAUUCAUCAAUUUUGAAUCACUUCAAUUUGAA